AUUCCCUGAAGUAUGAGAUGGCGCUGAAUGGGGAGGCAGCUCAGAGAUAGUUUCUCUUGUCCCACAACAAGCGGAAGGUCUUCCUACAGCAGCGGUCAGCAUUCUGAUUACCUCGAUCCAGGAUUUCCUCAAAGUCCCCUUUCAAGAAGGAUAAUAGCGGGACUGACCAAAAUUAGCGAAGAGGAACUGAGUGUUAGAAACCACAGGCAGUGCGCUGUAGGACAAAGCAUGUUGUGCUACUCAGUGGUUGAGUAUGACGAUUUGCCUGACAGCAUUCCCGAAAAGGGAGGAAUUGUAGCCAAUUUCUUACACCCAUAGUAAUUAGCUAAGUUUCUAUCAUGUAAAGGAAUGACAACAACCUCUGACUGCCACCCUCAGCUUUAAGGGAGUUGGCUGAAGGAGAGAGAGAGAUCUCUCAUAAAUGUAGUUUAAUUAUUUGUUUUUGAUUUAACUAAGCAAGUCAGUUAAGAACAAAUUCUUAUUUACAAUUACGGCCCAUGCCGGCCAAGCCCGGACGACGCUGGGACUCCCAAUCACGGCCGCAUGUGAUACAGCCUGGAUUCGAACCAGGUUACAGGUUACUUAGUGACGCCUCUUGCACUGAGAUGUAGUGCCUUAGACCGCUGCGACACUCGGGAGACCCUUAUGCUACAUACUUGUAACUUUGUAUCAAAAACAUUUAGUUGUUGAUUGUUUGAUCAUGUGUGCACUUGAUGUGGACCCUCGACCCCGUCAUUCUCCCUCCAUAAAACACUCCCUAAUAAAAUAUCGCGUCACUUCCUUGCCAAUCCCUUAGAAAAAUAAAUAUUAGAAAGGGACGAACGUCGCUGGAAAAGAACGAGAAGAAGACAGAAUAAAAGAUAAAGAAGAAAAGACCGAUGAAAAGAGGGAUAGUGAGGCGGGAGGAAGAGAAACACGAGCGUAAUCAAACUGUCAUGCCACUCCACAAGUCAGCCCACAAGGCGCCUCGCCUGGACCCCACCAUGAUCUCCGCACCACUGGGGGACUUCCGCCACACCAUGCACAUCGGGAGGGGAGGAGAUGCUUUCGGUGACACCUCCUUCCUGGCUACCGUCGGCCCCAGCCCUGACCCUGGGUCUCCGGGUGCCACGGCAACAAACGACUCAAUGGCGCCCGUUGAUUCCGAGACGCCACUUAACCACACUGAUGAUGUCACGGAUGGCUUCGGAAGCCCACUGAACAGUGAGCUUCAGCAUUCCGAGUCGGUGUCGUCUUUCACACUCGAUAUGGAUUUCGACCUGGGCCCAUCCAUCAUGGGUGACGUGCUGGGGGUGAUGGAUGGACUGGGGCUGAACUCAGACUGGACUAGGACUCGCGCUAACGAGGAAGACGUCUCCAGUCCAAGCAAAAGUCUUGUCGUUGAAGUGGAGAAUUUUAAAAUGGCGGCGGAGGAUCAGUCUGUCAGCAUAAGGAACGAGCUGAAUGAGAAGAAGCUUUUAGAGAUUGAGGGAGAUGAGGUGGGACAUGGAAGGAUAAUAGAGGGGACUGGAGGGAUCAAGGCCAAAGGCCAGAGGCCGAAGGUGAGAUUCAGCGACAAACGAGAGGAGAUCAUUCGCCAAGCGUCAGAGGAGGAAGGUCAGGGGUUAGAUGUUGAGGAAGAGUAUGUGAGUCCCACCGAGGAAGAUCGAGAGAGAGGGAACAACGUCAUCAGCUUGCCAAUCGUGGGAAUAGAGGUACAGCUCACCAACCACAAGGCGGAUUCACCUUCCAGUCCCGCCUCCUCACACAGCUCAGGCUAUGAGGGUGUCACCCCAUUGGACAGGAGGAGGGUUGACAACUGUCACUCAGAGACUGAUUCCGAGGAGGAGGAGGAAGAGGAGGAAGGGGGAGACAAUGGACGGGGCUACACAUUUGAAGAUGAGUUUGAUGAUGAAAUCGGCCUAUAAGAGUGCUAUGGGGCGUCUUACGUCAAUCAAUUAGAGGAUAAAAUGGUUCCUCGUUGGUUGUGAACUAUGUACAGUUUACUUCCUCUAUGCAUUGUUCUGCAAAUUAUCAUUCAAAAGGGAGGUUUAACCAAAGCUAAGUAUUUCAGAAGAACUGGAUAUUUGAAGAGUCUCUGUUGAAAUGUUUUUGGGACCAAAUUUCUCCUUUGGAUCCUCGGUCAUAGACAUGCAGUUAGUAAACAGUUACUACAGGAAUCCAUUUUCAUUGAAUCAAUCUUAUAAGCUCCAAUUGAUGGACAGAAAAAUUUGACCUAUGAAAUAGCCACCUAUGUAUUGACAUCAGAUUUGAAAUGCUACAUUUUUAAGACACUGUACUUCAAUUUAUUUUGUCUCAAUUGAAAAUACAAAGAAUAGCCUAGUAUUGUUUUAGGCCAAGCAGGUUUUAAGUGAAUAAAUAGCCUAGUUUGCAGCACUUUAAUUCAUUUCAAGAAACUGGAAGCUUUACUGUUAAAUCAGUGCUCAGUAAAAGAUAAUGACAGUUUUUUAAAUGACAAUGAUUAAGGCAAAUUGAAAUGUUUUAACUAACAUGUUUUAGUUUUUACCAGGUCAAAGGUGUUUCUUAAGAGAAAGCGCAUAUGAUACAGAAAGACUAGUAUCUUAUGCUGAAGGUGCCUUAAAGGGAGUCGUUGUUCAUAUCCCUGUGCUUUAACUCACCAUAGCCAUGUCUUCCUUCUUCAUGUUGUAUUUUCAUAUCAUGUAUUGCUCAGAGCAAAUUGCUUUGUUGUCUAUUUUGCAUUGCAUCUUAAUGCUCUUAGAAACAAACUAAAUUAAUCAGCCUUUUUAGGACAAAUAUAGAUUUCUUUGCCACCUGUUUCUCCACCUAAUGCAUGGAAAGUGUUUGUUUUUUCCUGAGUGAUUUUAUUGUUAAAUGCCACUGGGUUGUUCCACGAAAUUAGUCCUUUUAAGGUAGUGUAACUUGGUUAAAAAUAUAUAUAUAUUUUAACAUUCUGUAAUGAUGAGCACAUUUUCAACUUAAUAAAACAUGUUUUCACAUCUCAAUAUACUAUAACUGCCAAAUAAAGUAAGUGUUGACUGUAACAGGGUUAAUGAUUUCAUCUUAAAUCAGCCAUAAAUCACCUUGUGACAGGGGGAAUGGAAGCUUAUUGCUUGCAAAAGGGAGGGGCAAUUGAAUGCAAGGUUCAAAAUUUUUGAUUAAGUUAAACAUUAUUAGCCUGUAGCAGGGUUGACGAGUAAAAGCGCGACCCACUCAGUGUUUCACCACAAAACACCAGAAAAUGGCCAAAAAGAGUAGAACCAGCUCACCUGCAUUUACACUAUGAUUUGACUAUUAGUUUAUUUGAAAAAAAUAUUUAAAAAUGAAUAGUUUUACGAUAUUAAGACAAGUUCAGUUCACGUAACAGGGUUGACCUUAAAAUGAGUGACUUUCCUUUUUUUAAAUAUUUGUAAAAAAGAUUUACCUUUAAUGAAUCACUAAACUCAAGAAAUAAAAAAAUUAUCUUCAGAAAUGACUCAGAAUUAACAACAGAAUAACUAGGGUUUUACAAUUUUGGGGUGAAGUGGAUUAAAACCUGAGAAGUCAGUGCACAGAGGGACAUGUCAAUGCUGAAUUUUAUUCAAAAAAAAUCUGAUUUAUAGAAUUAUCCAUGUGGUCUACUUAAUUUUAAUAUAACAGGCUUUUAAAUCCAAUAUUUGUGCACAAUUUAUACUUAAAAUAUCAAAGGAUGCAAAAGCAACUAAUUUCAUGGAACAACCCUACUCUGUUUAUGGAUACCUCAUUUUAAGGAUUUCCUCUUAUUUAGAGCUUUAAUAUCUAUGGUGUUUUCAUGACAUAAAUCUAUCAUUCCUAUUUUUUAACUGUGAACUGUUCACAUUCCAAUAUUUAAUUUCUCAAGUCAGAAUUUUUCUGACCUAAAUUACAUCCAAUGUAGGCCUAUUUUUAUUUGAAUGCAUUUAGCCUGUGUAGUCAAUUACAAAAGUUCUUAGUUUUGUUUUUAACAACCAAUGACAAUCUCUGAAAUUGAUGUGCUUCAUCUCAUGUUUUGAAUUUCAGUUGCAAAGCAUAUAAUGACCUUAUAUUUAAUGCUUCUUUUGGACCAACAUUGUACAAGGGGGUUGGGUUGAAUGCAUUCAGGUGUACCAUUGACUAGGUAUCCCCCUUUCCCCUUACAAGUAAUGCUGUAGGGAGAAGAGGAGGGGGUCUGGAAAGAAUUGUCUCUGGACAUGUUCUUUAUCUCGUGAUGGAUCCUCUUGGAUAUGCUGGUUACUUCAAUAAACAUAUUUCCUUACAGCGUAA